UUGGGUCGACACUUUCAAUAUCUAAACAAAGUGGGUCCAUUAGCAACCCUAUAGUGGAGCCUGGGAAACGCCGCGGAAGGAAGACGAAGACGCCAUUGAUGGCUCAGCAAUGCACAGGUCUGAGAUGUGAGCCUCGGUUUUCAAUCUCCUCGUGUUUAUCUAAGCCACUUCGUCCGAGCCAUAUGCAAAACAUGGUGGUCCGUUCAUUCCCUGUUGUGGCUGCAGUAAUAUCGGGCCCUAUUCCCACUCCUCAGACCACAGAGCGUUUCAAGCUCAAACAGACCUUCAACGAUGCGGCCGAUCGCUGCCGUAAUGCUCCCAUGGAAGGUGUCUCCUUCACUCUCCAAGACUUCCUUGCGUCUCUUGAGAAAUACUACUUCGAUCCUCAGUUGGGAGCCAAGGUGAAAGGUACUGUGGUCUAUACAGAAGCUAAUGGAGCACUAGUGGAGAUUGCUGCCAAGUCACCUGCAUAUUUGCCCUUGCCGGAGGCUUGCAUUCAUAGAAUAAAACGUGUAGAAGAAGCAGGAAUAUAUCCUGGUUUUAGAGAGGAGUUUGUUAUUAUAGGUGAGAACGAAGAUGAUAGCUUGACUUUGAGCUUGAGGUCCAUCCAAUAUGAACUUGCUUGGGAAAGAUGCAGACAGCUUCAAGCAGAGGAUGUCAUUGUCAAGGGUAAGGUGGUUGGUGCGAACAAUGGGGGAGUUUUGGUAGUUGUGGAAGGCCUAAAAGGAUUUGUUCCCUACUCAGAGAUAUUAAUGAUAUCAACUGCUGAAGAGCUUAUCAACAAGGAGCUUCCUCUGAAAUUUCUGGUGGUUAAUGAGGAAGAAACGAGGAUUGUCCUCAGUAACCGUAAGAUCAUGGCUGACAGCAAGGCACAGCUUGCAAUUGGAACAGUGGUCACUGGAACAGUUCUAAGACUUGUAAAGUUUGGUGCCUUUGUUGACAUUGGUGGAGUCCAUGGUCUUCUUCACAUCAGUGAGAUAAGUCAUGAUCGCAUACUAGAUAUUGCAGCAGUUCUUAAGCCUGGAGACAUUCUCAAGGUCAUGAUAUUGAACAUUAAUCAUGAAAAAGGCCAUAUUCGUCUUUCUACCAAGAAGCUGGAGCCUAAUACUGGGGACAUGAUUUGCAAUCCAGGGCUUGUUUUUGAGAAGGCUGAGGAAAUGGCACAUAGAUUUAGGCAAAGGUUAGCUCAAGCAGAGGCAUUGGCACGUGCAGACUUGCUUAGUUUUCAGCCUGAGGGCAGAUUAAAUUUGAGUAGUGAUGGAAUAUUGAGUCCAAUUACACCAGAGUUGGCUUGAGCUUCAGCUUAGUCGUGGAUGGCUACACGUUAAUACAGGUAUUCGAUGUUGUAUCUAAAUAGUUGACAACAAAAUAACAUCAAAGACCAAAAUUAUUAUUAUUAUUUUCUUUUUUAACGUAGGUAGAUAUUUUUAAAAUUUAGGGUUGAAAAUUAUUUUUUUGGAAAAAAGUUUGGAACUAUCUUGACCUUAUAGAAGUUCAGGGACCAAAAUUAUAGAAUAAUGUUGAAAGUCGAAGGAUGAAAUUGAAAUUGAAAUUGAUUCAUCUUCAAUAUAUAUAUGUAUAUUGAAGUUAGACAAUUUAUCUUCAA